AUGGUCGAGCGGAGCAUGAACUCUUUCGCCAAAUGGACGCUCGUCCUUUUCGUCCUCGCCUCCAUCAUCCUCAACAUCGUGCUGAUGGGCAUCCACUCCAGCAGGGCGCCUAAAUGCUCCGCGCAGCGCGUCCACCCGCUGAGGCGCAAGCAUGACGAGCGCAGCCGCGCGUUCGCCGACCUCACCCGGGAGGAGUACCUGCAGGUCCAACAGUACUUGCUCGGACAGAAAGACUUGGACAUCUCUACCAACCAGAUCACCAAGCCGUCGGAGAACUUCUUGUUCCUCAUAGAGCUGUCCCUGCCCAGGAAAGCGGAUGUGUUGGCUUACUUGGACGAGAAAGGAGCAAAGCCGACCAGGGAGGCGACGGCGGUGGUCUUCCACGGCAAGCGCGGCUACGUUAAGGAGUACGUCGUGGGGCCUCUUCCCAACCCGACAUACUACAGAGAUGUCACCCAGGAGCGGUACAAGACCGAACUCCCCAUCACUGCACGCACGGUCACCGUCGGGGAAUACAACUUGUUUUUCAAAUUCCUGGAGGAUGUCUUCUCAAAGCUGGGGACCCUGAUGAAAGAGAGCUUCGACGUGGAUCUGGACAAGACGCUGAACGCGUUCGAGCAGAUGCCCCGCGGGGUCCAGUCCGGGGACAGAAAUACCUGGAUAUCUUUCUUCAGGGACGUGGCCGGCAUGUACAUCCACCCAGUGGGCUUUGAAGUGCUGGUGAACCACCAGAGCCUCAACGCGUCCGACUGGAAAGUGGAGCGGCUGCUCUAUAACGGCCAAUACUUCAACACCAUAGAGGAACUUCAGCACCAAUACGACGCGGGGUCUGUUAAGAAGAUAGUGUACAAGAAGUCGCCUGAGCACGGGUCACUGAAGCCCAGGAACAAGCCUCUGCAGAUCGGCCCACAGCUCUUUUACGCAGAGGGGAAGCGCUACAGCAUCAGCCACAACCACGUCCUGUACCUGGACUGGAGCUUCGCCUUCGGGCUCAGCUCUCUCACGGGCAUGAGGGUGUUCGAUGUGCGCUUCAACGGAGAGAGGAUCCUCUACGAGCUGAGCGUGCAGGAGGCCAUGUCCGUGUACGGCUCCGUGACGCCGGGGAUGAUCCUGACCAAGUUUCUGGACUCGAGUAUCGGGGUCGGGCGCUUCGCUCACGAACUGGUGCGCGGUGUGGAUUGCCCCCACGAGGCCACCUACGUGGACACGUACCGCUACAUCGACGUCCCGGCCCCUGUCCGGUUUAGGAACUCGAUCUGCGUGUUCGAGCACAACACGGGUCAGCCCCUGCGGAGGCACUUCUCGGACUUUUUCCACAACAGCUACGGGGGGAUGGUGAACAGCGCCCUGGUCUUCAGGACCAUAACGGCCAUUGGGAACUACGACUACAUGUGGGAUUUCAUCUUCUACCAGAGUGGGUCAGUGGAGGCCAAGGUGCACGCCACCGGGUACAUCUCAUCGUCUUACCUGGUGGCCGGCAGCCUGAAAUACGGGCACCAGGUGGCGGAGAACGUGCUGGGGAACAUCCACACCCACUUCAUCAACUUCAAGGUGGACCUCGACGUGCUGGGAGUGAAUAAUUAUUUCCAGACGAAAGACAUGGAAUAUGUCAAUGUGUCGCUGCCGUGGAUGGCCGAUCGCUCCACUCUGGUCCCUCAGCUGGUAGAGAAGCAACUCAAAACAGAACAGGAAGCGGCUCUGCGCUAUGACACCAAGACUCCUCGCUACCUCCACAUCGCCAGCAACAAGACCAACCGCUGGGGCCACCAGCGCACCUACAGGCUGCAGGUGUUCAGCUUCACCGGGGACCACCUCCCAGAGAGCCAGCCCGAGGAGAGGGCCAUGUCUUGGGCCAGGUAUAAGGUUGCCAUUACCAAGCAUAAGGACUUAGAGCAGACCAGCAGCAGCCUGUACAGUCAAAACAACAUCUGGUCUCCAGCUGUGGACUUUAGCAAGUACAUUGAAGACAACGAAAGCAUCGAAGACGAGGACCUGGUUGCCUGGGUGACAACUGGCUUCCUCCACAUCCCCCACUCUGAGGACAUCCCUAACACGGUAACCGUGGGCAACGGUGGCGGGGUCCUGCUGCGUCCCCACAACUACUUUGACGAGGACCCGUCCAUCCACUCUGCCGAUGGGGUGAACAUUGCCCCAGGCAGCGAGGACAGCUGUGACAACAAUAGGAUGGCCUGCCUUGCUCAAGAGACCUGCAGCCCCGUCCUUGAACCCUUCACCUACAACGGCUUCGAAGGGGUCAUGAAGUUUGAGGAUUCGGUCUGAUUUGUUGGGCACUGCAAGGUGUUCAACUCAAGAGAUAUAUUCGGGUUUAUUACCGAUCUAUCAAGAAACUUGAUGUCAAUGUUAACGUGUUUAUAGAGGCAAUUUGGGGCGGCACAUUAUUUGUGCUACAUAUGAGAGAUGGGCAAGAAAUUGAGUGAAGGAAUUGUUCAACAUUUUGGAAAAUGUGCUUUGUUUCUGAAAGUGCAUUGAGAAGAUCAUAUUCGUGGGUUAAGUAUUGAGCUGGAGUCAGGUCUUGGUUAGCUUAGCUUAGCAUAAAGACUGAAAGCAGGGGGAAACAGCUAGCCUGGCUCUUUCCAAAGUUAAAUACCAACACCGUUAAAACUCACUAUUCAACACUCUCUAUAGUUUAUUCUGUACACAAACAGAAAUGUAAAAACAGAAAUGUGUGGUUCUUGGAAGACUUUUCUUAAUGAACAGCAAGGCCCAGCCUUUGGCCCAGAGUUUGACAACUUACCACACAGCCCCGAUCCGGCAGCCCACACUAGGAGUCAACUUGUCAUGAAAACAGAACGGAGUGUGAAAACCAGACAUUGUAAAUGGUUUCAUUUGUUUAUUUCCCUGUUAAACAAACACUUCUACCAGACAGUCUUAUAGGUGCUGUUUGUGUGCUACGCUAGGCUCACCACUUCCUGAUUACAGCUCUGUGCUCUCAAAAAGAGAUCUCUAACAAUCUUUUCAAGAAAGAAAAUGUAACGUGUUUCCAAAAUGCUGAACUCUUCUUUUAAAAUAGACCAGUUAUUAAAAUAAAUGACCACAACAAGUUAUAAUAAAGAAAAUAACUUUUUUCACUCCUAAUGGUGUCCUCCCCAGAUCCCAUCAUGAU